CGGACAUGCGAGACGAACGUCCAGGUAUAAGCGAAGAAAAAAACGUAUGUUACCAUCACUUGAUCGAGACUGCGAACCGAAGAUCACCCACCAAGCCCUCUAGCGAGGUACGGAUUACAUGACAUUAUUAUUUUCAAGUCCUGGAUCUGGUAGUGGUGUCGUGGAUAACAUUUCAAACAAUAUAAUAAUUUUUGCCGUGACCAGUGCGAAGUUUAUUGGUUUUCACUUCUUACACCUUCAGUGUUUCUUUCUAUUUCAAGAAAGGGAAAAUAAACAACUUCUGUGAGACUUGAAGUGUCUUCGUCUAGACAGGCGCUGUUUUCUUCAAGAAGGGGCCUUCACUAUAGGCUUGAUUUAUGGGAACAUUCCCAAUAAAGCGGAUUUUAAAAAGUUCGUAAAGAUACAAGAGCGUUUACGUAAUUAAACAAGAACUGGACAAAAGGCUAAAAAAAAGGGAUAGUAAACGUUAUCGUUGAUAAUUGGUGCAGCUGAUAAACCACACCUGCUUCCCGCAGUUUGGUAUACGUGUUAGUGGGCGGCGAAAGAAAAGGUGGGUAGAAAGUAGAAAUCAGGACGUGAUAAACUACUGCCGUAACAAUCCCCCUUCUUCUACGUACGUGUGGCCUUCCUUCGCCCAGCCAACCCUUAUCAGCGACCAGGCGUAAUCCGGACUGGCAGACGUCAGACGACUAGCGGUUGUAGGAGCAGACGACUAGACAUUGAGUGCGCGCCAGAGCUCCGCCAGACGGUACCUCGGAGAUCUUGGGAGUUGACACCUGACAUCCACGUUCUGUGGUCAUAUAGUUGCUCUCGGACUUUGUGACAAGAAGAUUCGUUUACUUCGUAAUUUAUUUUCCGACAGUUGAACCCGUAAGAAACCUGCAAGUGCUUCACUAUGAUGGACAACUGCACUAACUUCUUGGCCAAAGUGGUGUUGGUAAUGGCAGUGGUGAUGAUGUUCUCGUGGACAGCGUCCACUGCUCCGACAUCUCCACCAAUAAAGGAGAGUGAGAAGUUCUGUAUCUUACAGAUGGAGCAGAGAUCAAACGACACUGACUACUGCGAGCUCAAGUCGGCCAAUUUCGAAAUCUCUGGGAAGGACAAGGCAGUCCUGACCUACCUCUGCUGUAUGGGUUACUGGCCGGGCGUUCUGCACAACUACCUGAUGUACGCCGACCCGGACUACCAAACAUACAUCACCUACAGCAAGGAUCCAGAAAUGCUUAAGUCCAUCGGUCGUCACCUCAAAGAAUGUCGCUUACCUCUUGACCAGGCCCCCAAGCUCACAGCCGUCGACUUCCUGAAUUGGGAUGGGGAGGGGCAGAAACAGGAAGUGUGUCGCACGAGCAUGAUGUUCUGAGCUUCCCCACUUCUGCAGCUACGUGCCUUCUUCCCUCUACUCCUCGCCCCCUCAACCCUACCCCAGCAGGGCAACAGAUGAACACUGUUUUACAAGUUUCCACCCCUCUCCCCUCCAACACGCCCCCACCCUCCCGCAGAGCUUUUUCCCUUUUGAGUACAACACUCAUUCACACAGCACUUGGCGCCAGGUCAAUUUCUCACACAUGCUAUUGCACUAGAGCUGAGAAACUCAUGGACACAGCAAAACAUGAAAAUUAUUUGCGCGAAUUCUAUUGACCGUAGGGAAUAAAGAUUAAACAAACAGGUCAUCUCCAUAAUAUUCGAUAACAUAAGUUUUUACACAAAGACUAUGCACAUACACAAACGUAUCACUCUGAAACCACGAAAUGUGUUAUGCUACACACGAGUUCUGGGCACCGCACACAGAGACAUGCGCGAGACUGGGUAUCCCCAAACACGAGACACGAGCCGCCAAAUACACACUCACGCGCUCAGGGUGAGGGUUUGAAAGGGAAAAAAAACCGUCAAUGGUAUUUUUUUUCCAAACGUCGAAACCGGCGUGGGCCGCGUAAGAAUAUUACAAGGUAGAAACUCGGCCCCCCGAAAAGGCAUGGCACAUUGACCAUUUCAAGGAGUAAAAACCACUAAAGGACCAAUCAAAUACGUCUAUCCAUAUGUACACGAGGCAAACACAAAUGCAAACUUCAAUGCAUAAGAGUGGACGGAAGCAAAUCAGCAAGACUGUGUCCCAUAACUCAAAGAGGUUAAUUAGACAUGUUAAUAAAGUGAUUAUUCUGUAGUACGUAGCAAACAUUAAGAAAAUGUAAUGUGAACAGUACUAGGGAAAUCAUGUUGUUUUUUUCUUUUUUCGUUAAAGUUAGCGGGAUACCUUAGUCCGAAGUCAGAAUAUGCCUUUUUUGACAUUGAAAACGCUUGUUGAUGAAAUAAAGGAAAGGAGACCAACCUUGGUAGCGCAUUCACAGAGAAGUAGAGAUUUAUGCCAAUGGCACAAACCAAAGCCACACGCCGUAAUGUAUUUUUCUUAACUAAAGAAAGGUAUUGUGCGAAAAUUCCUAGCAUUGUUGCAUUUCUGUUUAUUUUAUUCUUGGACGUAUUCAAGUCUUCCUUUGUAUGACAUAUUGUUGACCAAAACGUAUAUAAAUUUAAGAAUAUGCAAGUAUUGUGCUAUUUGUGUAAUAUGAAUUGCAUAUUUCUAUUGAAA